UUUACUUUGAUAUGUUGUUGUUAUUGUUGUGACAUUUCGAAGGGACUUGGAGGUACUUUAAAAAAAGAAACGUAUACAAAAUUUAUUAUCUCUUUUUUUUUUAACCUAAUUAGAAAUCUCGUGUAAUAUUUAAAAAUGAUUUUGUGACGUAUAUGUAUAUCCAAAAGCGAUAAGAGAAAGUGCAUACAUUUGUAUAUAGCCUUCGCAGUAAAUACUUUGAAAAAUAAUAAUGAUAUGACGUAGAAAAAGGAAAAAUAGAGUAGGAGUGUGUGAAACAUAGACUUUCAAAUUAAUUAUAAUGUUUAACUCGUCUCUCGUUCAUUUUGUUCGAGACCAUUAAUUAAGAAGGUUAUGUAUUAAAAUUCCGAUUUUUUUUUUUUUAAAUCUCACGUGUUUGUGUUUUUUUAUUUGGUGAAAUUCGUCGAAUGAUUUUUGUAUAUUAUAUUAGCUGAAAAAAAAUUAUAAUUUUUAACGAAAAAUAAGUGAAUUAUGGACAUCGUCUCUGUAGAACCUCAUAUUGAUAUAACGAUCGAUGAAAAUGAGGUUAUAAAGGGAGCAAAAGAAAUUAUCAAAACUAUCAGACCUACCUGGCCUAUUGAUCAAUUAUUAUUCAAGGAAUUUAAAGAUGGAAUAACAAAUAAAUUAGUGGGACUAUGGUAUCCAGAGCAUUACAGCGAAAUGAUAUUAAUUCGAAUUUACGGACACAAAACCGAUUUGUUCAUCGAUCGAAAAGCUGAGACUAGAAAUAUUCGGAUUCUGAAUAAAGCUGGUUAUACACAUUCAAUUUAUGCAACAUUCAAUAACGGCCUUGCUUAUGAAUUUAUUGAAGGUGAAACACUCACCAUUAAAACUGUUAGAGAUCCCAUUGUUUAUCAACUAAUUGCUAGAAGAAUGGCUCAAAUGCAUAGGCUAAAGCCAAUUCAUUCCGAAAUGAGUCAAAAGCCAUUUAUUUGGCCAAAAACUGAGGCAUUUUUGAGCUUUGUACCAAAAGCAUUUGCAAAUUGCGAGAAACAAUUAAAAUUUGAAGAGACAAUCAAACCCUUUGCAGUAUUAAAAGAUGAAUAUAAUUUUUUGUAUGAAAAAUUUUCACAUAGUGGAAGUCCUGUUGUUUAUGCCCACAAUGAUCUUUUAUUAGGAAAUAUUCUCUAUGAUGAGAAAAAAAAUUCAGUCACAUUUAUUGACUUUGAAUACACCGCUUAUAAUUAUCAAGCUUUUGAUAUUGCUAAUCAUUUUGCUGAAUUUGCUGGAACCGAUCAUCCUGAUUAUUCUCUUUAUCCUGACAAAAAUUUACAAAAGGCUUGGCUUAAAAUUUAUCUUGAAGCUUAUAAUGAAACGAAUAUUAUAACUGAAGAAGAGGUCGAGGAACUUUAUGGUGAAGUCAAAAAGUUUGUUCUUCUUUCGCAUUUUUUUUGGGGAUGCUGGGCACUUAUACAGAGUGAACAUUCUCACAUUGACUUCGAUUUUUUAGAAUACGCUGCAAUGAGAUUUAACGAGUACUUUAAAAGGAAAAGCAAACUUGGUUUUUAAAUAUGAGAAAAAUCAAGAAAUUUUCUGUGAUAUUUCUUAAAUAUAAUAUAAGGACAUUCCCACUUAAAUGUUGUGAAGUGAGACAAGACUUAAAUCUAUAUUUGCAAAACGAAAAAUAAAAAAAAAAAAAAAAAAAACAAGGGCUGUGAGAAAAUUUAUCGAUUUUUCUUUUUAAUUAAUAAAUUAGUGAAUAAAAAGUUGUAUUUUUCAUUUUGAGAUGAAAUUUUCAAUUUUUUUUUUAAUAAUAUUAUUAUGUAAUAUUCAAUUUUUUUUUGUCAACAAGAAGAGAAAUUGGAAAUAAUUAUUUUGAAAUUGAAAUUAAUGAAUUAUAAUAAUUAUUAUCUGUUUAAAACUAAAAAUAAUUAUAAUGAUUAUAAUCAAUAAUUUGAAAUUGAAAAUAAUUAAACUUUUUUUUUUGUAAAAAGAAAUUGCAUAACGGAUUUGUUUCGCAGCCCUUGAAUCAUUUUUAUACUCAAAAAAAUUGCAUUUAUCUAAAGUCAUUUUCAAUUAGUUGCAGUUUACAAGAAAAAAAAAUCUAUUUCUAUUUAUCAGCUCAAUCCAUUUUAAAAUUAAAACCAAAUAUAUAUAUAUAUAUGUACAUAUAUUCUGCUAAAAAUUACAUACUUUGCAAAGUUUUUAGCUUUUAUUUUAUUUUUCUAGAAAUUGUGCGCAUUUUCUGAUUAUAACAGUUGAAAGGAAAAAACCCCCCCCCCCAAAAAAAAAAAAAAAAAAAAAAUAGUGACCUAAUUCUAAAGAUUGUAACAAUUGUUAUUUAUUUUGUAUUAUAAGCAAUGUUACUUAAUCAAUUUAUUAACAAUGAUCGUUAUUGUUUCCAUUGUGAUUUUAAUGUUAUUAUAAUUAAUAUAUUUUUAAAUUAGAAAAAAUUAAAAAAAGUUUU